AAGAGGGGCUAGGCGAGACAAGGUCCAGGGGUGGUGUUGGUGGGGUUGCAGCGCUAAAAAGAAUACCUACCCCUCCAUCCUGUUUCCCCUCCAUACGGAGGGGGAAAAAAAAAGACGAAAAGUUGCCAGACUCCAUUGGUGUUCCCUGCGACUUGACGACUCACCGAAAUCAUUCAAGUCUUUCCCUAGUAGCAGAGCUCCCAGAGGAUCUCAGAUAAGAUGCUGUACCUUGUUGGGCUUGGGUUGUCCGACGAGACCGACAUCACUGUCAAGGGUCUCGAAGUCGUCAAGAAGGCCGCCAGGGUUUAUCUCGAAGCCUACACCAGCAUACUCCUCGUGGACAAGACCGUUUUGGAAAGCUACUAUGGCCGCGAAAUCGUAGUCGCCGACCGCGAAAUGGUCGAGUCCAACAGCGACGAGAUCCUCCGCGACGCCCAGACCGAAGACGUCGCCUUUUGCGUCGUCGGCGACCCUUUCGGCGCAACGACACACACCGACCUUGUCCUGCGCGCGCGCGAACUGGGGAUUCCAAUCCGUACCGUCCCCAAUGCCUCCAUCAUGUCCGGCAUCGGCGCCACGGGCCUGCAGCUGUACAACUUUGGCCAGACUGUGUCCAUGGUCUUCUUCACCGAUACGUGGAAGCCAGCGUCCUUCUACGACCGCAUUAAGGAGAACCGCGAUAUCGGCCUGCACACGCUGGUAUUGCUUGACAUCAAGGUCAAGGAGCAAAGUCUGGAGGACAUGGCUCGAGGGAGAAGAGUGUAUCAGCCUCCGCGGUACAUGACCGUCGGACAGUGCGCCGCACAGAUGCUCGAGAUCGAAGAGGAUAAGAAGGAGCGUGCUUAUACCGCUGAUAGCUUGGCUAUUGGAGCAGCCCGUGUGGGUGGCAAGACUGAGAAGUUCGUCGCCGGUACGUUGAAGGAGCUGUGCGAUUCGGACGAGACCCUGGGAGGCCCUCUGCAUAGCAUGGUUCUACUUGGAAGAAGGGCGCACGAACUCGAACGCGAUUAUAUCCGUGAGUUUGCGGUAAACAAGGAAACGUUCGACAAGAGCUGGAACGCAGAGUACGGGAAGCAAUAGUCAUUAUUCAUGUCCCGUAAUUCGGGUUGAUGCUGUUCGCCGCAACAUCAUCUACUCUGCUAUUCGUACAUGUCUGUUAUGCGCGCUUCAGCUUAAGAGGAAGAGGCAGUAGAGCGGUACUGCUCGACCUCCUGAGAUGAUACCUCUCUCAACUUAUUGACCUGCGCCGCAUUACCUGUCACAACACCCUCGGCCAACUGAGCUACCUUGCCGACAAUAGUUGCGUUGCUGAUGGCGUACGUGAUGCUGGAGGUCUUGACGCGGAUAACGCCGAUGCGAGGAU